GUUCAAUAUAUGUACAUGAGGUGCAUAGCCCAUGUGUUGAACUUAGUGGUCCAGGAUGGGUUGAGAUUUGCAUAUCCUUCUGUUAAAAAAGUUAGGGAUGUUGUGAGAUGGGUGAUGAAUUCCCCUACAAGACUCAAGAAGUUUAGAGAGCUUGCUAAUCUUGUUGGGGUAGAAGCCAAAUCUGCAUUACAACUUGAUGUUCCAACAAGAUGGAACAUCAAAUAUAUCAUGUUGAACACUGUCAUUCAAUACCAGAGGGUCUUUGAAGCUUAUGAGGAGAUCGAUUUCUCACUGUCUGCUGAUUUAUCUGAUUCUGUUCCAAAUCUUUUAGACUAGCUUUCUGUGGAAAGCUUAGUCCUCCUUCUAAAUGGAUUCUAUGAGAUGAUUGUAAGAAUACAUGGUUCUCUCUAUGUCACUUCAAAUAGUUUCUUUUAUGAGAUUUCUAACUUGAGUUGCAUGCUGGAUGACAUGAUUGGAUCUGAUACAAGCUCUGAAAAGGCAAUGAGGUCCCAAAUGAAACAAAAAUUUCAGAAAUAUUGGAGAGAUCUAGAAAAAAUGAACUUCUUGAUAUUUUAUGCCAAUAUCUUGGACCUUAGGGAUAAGAUUGAGUAUAUGCCUUCCCAAUUUGCCCAGUUGUAUGGUGAAGAAAAAGACAAAUCAUGUUUUGCAGCUUCUAUGGUUGAGCUGUUUAAUGACUAUGCUGCCACCUACCUUGUCACCUCUAGUACUGUCACUUCCGUGCAAUUUGAACCAGUUCAUGUCCAUUCUCAAACUUCAGUUAGAAAACCUCAAUCUAGAUUGAAAAGCCAGCUGAAAAAACAGAGAAUGGAGAGUGGUGGGGAAUAGUAAUCAGACUGAACUGCAGAUUUACCUUAGUGAAAA